AUGGAUCAAAACAAUAUUAUAGAGUGCGGUGGAUUUUAUUUUAUUCAUAAUUUUGACUCUGGAAAUCUCGGUCAUGUAGAAAGGGUGCCUACGGAGCUAAUAGCUCCAUCUGUGAACCCAAAAACAAAUUUAUCAGAAACACCUGAUUAUGAAUUCAACUUGUGGACUCGGCCCGACUGUGCGGGCACUGAGUUUGAGAAUGGGAAUCGCACCUGGUUCUACUUUGGUGUGCAAGCCAGUGAAGCUGGAGUACUGGUGCGGUUAAAUCUUAUAAACCUGAACAAGCAAGGCAAGAUGUAUAACCAGGGCAUGGCGCCGGUGACACGCACACUGCCAGGCAAGCCUCAGUGGGAGAGGAUCAGAGACCGUCCUGUACACUCGACGGACGACAAUACAUUCACCCUGAGCUUCAAGUACAGAACAUCAGAGAACCUGAAGGCGACCACAUUCUUCGCGUUCACGUACCCGUUCUCGUUCGCUGAGCUGCAGAUAGCGCUCAACUCCAUCGACCUGAAGAUGCUGCCACUGCCACCGCCGCAAUCACCAGACGACAUCUACUACGUUAGGGAAUGUCUCAUUUAUUCUUUAGAAGGGCGGCGUGUAGAUCUUUUAACGAUCACGUCUCACCACGGAAUCACAUCAGAAAGAGAGGAACGGCUAAAGAACUUGUUCCCAGACAACCAGGAGAGACCACACAAGUUCGUCAAUAAAAAGGUGAUAUUCAUAUCAGCUCGAGUACAUCCAGGAGAAACUCCUUCAAGCUUCGUAUUCAACGGAUUCCUGAACCUUCUACUCACAAGGAACGACCCCAUAGCGAUUCAGUUGCGGAAGAUCUACGUCUUCAAAAUGGUCCCUUUCCUCAACCCUGAUGGGGUCGCUCGUGGUCACUACCGAACUGACACCAGGGGGGUCAACCUAAACCGGGUCUAUUUGAACCCCUCAUUGGCCCUGCAUCCUACUGUGUACGCUUCAAGAGCAUUGAUUAGGUAUUACCACUACGGCUCUGAAAAGGAAGAUUUGAUGGACGAGAGCAAGAGCUACACGUCGCGGAGUAUACAGAACAUCUCAGAGAGUUCCGAGGUGAUAGAUACCAAGAAGAAGAAAGGCAACAGUAACCCACAGCCGUACAAAGGAGGCGAUUACUACAAGAGGGAGAAGCACCCGAAGCCGAUGACUAGUCAGAAGUCUUCCACCACAAUCAAACCUCCUUCAACCUCCUCCGACAACUCUAAGAAAGAGUUCAAGUCACUCAGUGGAGAGGCCGCGCAUUUGGCUGAACAGGUAUACGACAUGAAACUACAAGAGCAGCCAUCACAAACGAGCGACACGUCCUCAAAACCAUCAAAUUCAAACAUAGAUGAGUCACCGUCACUACUGAACGAUAACAUGUUGAGAACAUGUUUGGGAUCCACGGUCCACUUGAGUACCAGCGAAGAGCUCAACUUCCAUGGCUCGAACCCACUGCGACCUCUCCGUGAUACCCUCAAGAAUAGUAUCAGUUUGCUCAUGGAGUCUAACACCUCUGUGACUGGCGACAGUGCACUAGGCAGCAAGGAGUCUCGCCAGUCGAAUGUGAAGAUGGGCUGGUGCAUGGACUGUCGCCUGGCGGUGUCCAAGCUGGAGGAUACCAUGCCUGGCAUCACUGGGAUGGUUCCUGGAUACAACGUCUCAUUGGACUCUGACGCCUCGUCAUCACCUGCGCUCAAGGAAGAGAACCUACACUUUUGCACCAAUUGCUUCAAGAGAUACGUAAUUACAGAUUCCAAUGAAGAAAUUAAGGUAUGUAGCGUGGUGUCGACGACGAGCGUGGCAGUGUCGGCCGCUGACAGCGCCGACCAGCGCACUGACUCCCACUCCAGCGACAAGCUCACGGGCACCGGGGACGUACUACUCGUGCCUGUCAAUCCUUCACCAAAAGAAGAAAAACCGAAGUCCCCGACAAUAAAGGCUGGCAAGAAGAAAGGCGCUCCCGUACCUACCAACACCACGGCCAGUAGCAAUAGCAACCCUGUGCCUAAGGCCGGGCCCAAGGAGGCCGACUCCGGCCUCUACUUGUACAUAGACUUACAUGGACAUGCUUCUAAAAAAGGUAUAUUCAUGUACGGCAAUCAUUUCGACGACCUGGAGAGCUGUGUGGAGUGCAUGUUACUGCCUCGCAUCAUGUCCAUGAACAACCUGCACUUCCACUUCUCUUCAUGUAACUUUACUGAGCGGAAUAUGUAUCUCAAGGACCGGCGCGACGGCAUGUCCCGCGAGGGCUCGGGGCGCGUGGCGGUGUUCAAGGCGACGGGGCUGGUGCGGUCGUACACGCUGGAGUGCAACUACAACACGGGCCGCCUCGUCAACGUGCUGCCGCCCGGCGUGCGCGACGCCGCGCCCGCGCCCGCGCCCGCCGCGCCGCCGCCGCCCAAGUACACGCCGCACAUCUUCGAAGAGGUGGGUCGUUCCCUGGGCGCGUCGAUCCUGGACCUGACGGGGCAGCACCCCAACUCCCGCAUCCCCUGCUCCGAGCACCGGAACCUGUCCGCCGUCAGGGAGUGGCUGCGGGCUCAUACCAGGACCAUGCGGCCACAGCUCACGAUGUCACGGCUCCGGCCUAAGACCACGUCCCCGCCUCGCGUGCCGCUGUACGCGCGCUCCAAGGGCAAGGUGACUGAGGAACGCAAGGAGAACACCUACGUCGGCGCCAAGACUGACUCUGAGCGCAAGCGGAGCCCGCCAGUACUGGCGCCGCGGUCCGGCCACGACAUCAUGAACCUCGGCAUGAAGUUCAGCAAGAAGAACGAGCCCGUCAAGACCGCCUCCCGGACUAGAUACUUGAGCGAAAACGAACCCAAACCCAAAACGUUAUCGACCAAACGAAGAAAUAUUCUAGCCAUCCGGAAACCGAACUCGAGUAAGACCGCGGUGGGCGGCGUCGUGAAGACGAAGGCGAGCCGGCGGUCGGCGGACGACGCGGAGAGCCCGCGCACGUCCAUCGUGUCGGGCAAGCUCAGCAAGCGCAGCUACUCGCGCUCCGUGCGCGGCUCGUCCACGCGCAGUCGCGCGCUGGCCUCGUCGUCGUCCGACGAGCUGCUGGCCGGCGCCUGGGAGGACGUGGCGGGCGGCACGGCGCUGGGCGCGGCCGACGGCCUGGCGCUGCCCGCCAAGCGCCGCCCCUUCCCCGCGCCGGCGCCGCCGCCGCACCUCAAGAAGAUCCGCCUCAAGCAGGCCAUGUAG